AUGCCUUUUGUCGUCCUCCAGAAGUUCUCCUCGCCCUCUCCAGGCCAUCGUCCAAAAUAUGAAAAGGGCUGGACCUACGUGGAGCGGCGGCCAACUCGUCGCACAGAGCUCUGCAGAACAAUUCGCUCUCGAGCACCCAGCCCGGAACCCUGUCCAUCCCGAUCCCUCUGUAUUGGGGACCAUUACCACUGGCACAACCAUCAUUGCCACUCCGACCACCCGGUCAUCAUCCCCCGCUCACCACGCUGUGGACCCUCACUCCCACCAUGUGCACCAACUUCACCGCCACCACCAGCACCACCACCAGCACCACCAGCACCACCAGCACCACCACCAACACCACCAUCGAAGCCCAAAGAGAAACCCGCCACAGAUCCCGCCAUCGCCGCCGCCGCAGCCGAGACCGCCCGCUGCCGCGCCAAAGUGAUCGAGGCGUACGAAGCAGCCGAAAACCGCCGUCGUGAAGCCGAGGAGAUGGAUCAAAAGAUCGAGAGAGGAUUACGCGAAAGGGUUCCUCCUCCUCUUUCCCGUCCUCUAAGCCCUUAUCCUAGAGCCGAGCGUGACUGGGAACGCCAACGCGAACGCGAAAGGGAACGUGAACGGGAGCGAGAUCGAAGAUAUCAUCAUCAUCAUCAUCAUCAUCAUCGUAACCAUCAUCAUCAUCCAUCCCUGGUGAGCAGAAUCCCACCACCCUCCUUCUCCUCCUCAUCUUCCUCCGCAUCGUCAACCUCCUCGAGCUACUCCUACGAGCGGUUCCGAUAUCGCAGUCCGCCUCCGGGUCCGUGUCCUAUUCUACGACGACGCACUAGUUUGAAUCCAGGCUUCGGCUGCAGGAGAGGUUUGUGUUCUGACUUGAGGGGUGAUAGGUGCCGCGUUAUGGAACCCGUCGGUAGUAGGGGGCACUGCUACAAAACGGUGGAGUAUUACGAUCCGUAUUACGAUGCGGAUGUGGUGGAGAGGGUGCCGGGGAGGUGUUAG